GGCAGGUCCAGAGCCGUCAGUGCAUUGAGGCCGUCAUCAAAUUCGCCUUCGAGGAGAGGCUCUUCCUCAUGGCUGACGAGGUGUACCAGGACAACGUGUAUGCUGAGGGUUCGGCCUUCCACUCCUUCAGGAAGGUGCUGACAGAGAUGGGGCCGCCCUACCUGGACUCGGUGGAACUCACCUCCUUCCACUCCAUCUCCAAAGGCUUCACGGGCGAGUCAGUGACCUCCCACGGCCACCCCCACCCCGAGGUGGCCACCACAGGUCCUGGGGAGCCACAGAGUGGGGAUGAGGAUGGUGGAACCCCAUGGGCCUCAAGGGGGUGCCCUAUUGCUACGCGCCUAUUGCUGCGCGCCGCCCUCCGCUCGCCCUGCGCCCCCCUGCGCCUGCUCUGCCGCGACUUCCACGCCGAGGAGCUCUCCGUCUCCACCGUCGUCUGCCUGCUGGACUCCCUGGAGCCUGCCGCCGUCCGCAGAGUUGUUUUACGCUUCAACAACCCGGGGCUGGCGGGGCUGUGCGAAGUGCUGCCUCACCUCGGCCGCUUCCCCGCGCUGCGCAGCCUCAAGCUGCCCUACAGCAACGUGGACGUGCGCCGCACGGCCCCCGGCCCAGACGCCGGCAUCCGCUGCUUGGCCGCUCACCUCCGGGCCCUGCCUGCCCUCAAGGAACUCGAUUUGUACUCCUCCAGGCUUUCUGGGAGACUCAGGCAGCUCCUGGGCGAGCUGCAGACUCCCCUGGAGAGUCUGGCGCUGGCCUUCUGCUGCCUGCUCCCCUCCGACCUCAUCUUCCUGUCCUCGAGCCUCCACGCGCCCUCCCUGCUCCAGCUGGACCUGAGCGGCCACAACUUCACGUCCCCCAGACUCCUGCAACCCUUGCGGACGCUGCUGGAAGCCGCUUCGUGCUCGCUGCUGCAGCUGGAGCUGCUGGAGUGUCAGCUGGGGGACGCGGAGCUGGAGCUGCUGCUGCCGGCGCUGCGCCGCUGCCGCCGCCUGCGCUGCCUCGGUCUCCUCGGCACCCCCCUGAGCGCGGCGGCGCUGCGGCCUGGCCUGGCCCGGCCCUGCGCGGCCCUGCCCGACCUGCGCCUCGUGGGCUACUCGCAGCCGCCGCGGGGCUCCGGCCACCACACCCCCACGCAGGGGGAGGAGGGUUUCCCGGCGGAGCUGUGCCGGCUGCUGGCGAGCGCGGGUAGAGCAGACGCCGUGUGGGCGACCAGCCUCCAGCGCUACGGAGCCAUCGACUACUUCAGCUUGUAGCAUCCCCCCCCCAGGGAAGCUUCCCCUCGGGGCGCUGUGCCGGGCUCUGGGCUGUGCCACUCGGUUAUGGUGAGUUCAUUAAAGCCAACCCCACCUUGCCUGAUUAACCCAAGUCCUCCUGGGAUGCUUGGCAGGAGGAAGUGGCAGAGCUCAGCGGAGGGGAUGGAGCUCUUCUGCUUUUAAUGGACCAAGGAGAGAGCUGGCUGCUGUUCUGGCACACAGGGCACUGACCAGAGAAUCAUUACAGAUGGAAAAGCCCUUUGAGCUGCUGGAGUCCAACCCUGACCCCACAGUGCCACAGGCACCACUGAGCCACGGCCCUCAAGCACCUCAGCCCCACGGCUCUGGGACCCCUCCAGGGCUGGGCACUCCCCCAGCUCCCUGGGCAGCCUGGCACAGGGGCUGACACCCCUCUCAGGGAAACAGUUCUGCCUCAGCUCCAGCCUCAACCUCCCCUGGGGCACCCCGAGCCCCUUUCCUCUUGGCCUGUAGCUUUUAACUUGGCAGCAGAGACCGACCCUCUCAGCCACAGCCAGGGAGUCAGAGUGAUCAGGUCUCCUCUGAGCCUCCUUCUCUGCAGACUGAACCUUUGCCUCAGGUACCCUCAUUUAGCCCAGAGCUUCCCAGUGCAUCUUCUCCUCUCCCUGCAGCCCCUCAGUGUCCCUGUGGCAGUGAGUGAGGGGCCCAGCACUGAGCACAGCCCUGGAGCUGCAGCCUCCCCAGGGCCCAGCACAGGGGACAAUCCCUGCCCUGGGGCUGCUGCCACCCCACUGCUCAGCCCAGCCAGGCUGCCACUGGCCUUCUUGCCCCCUUGGGCACGCUGCUGGCUCCUUGCCCUCGGGCAACCUCAGCCCAUGGCCACAUCCCUCUGAAGAACUUCCCUUCCCUCUACACACCAGCCAACAUCACCACAGUGGCACCCACAGUGUGGCAGCAACACUGUCACCGUGGCAGCACCCGUGGGGACACCCACACUGUGGCAGUAGCACCGUGUCACCCACCACAGCUGCACCAACCUCACCAUAGCAGCACCAACCUCUCCACAGCUGCACCCACACUGCUGCAGUGGCACCCAUCACCUCUAGGCUCAUUUCAAUUGCCAGAGACCUUUAAUAUCACAGUGGGGGGACCCACACACAACACCCACAUCCCUGGCACCAGCAACGCUCACCUCACCACAGCAUCAGCCACACGGUGUGGCUGAGCACCAGCUCUGCCUCCUCCUCCUCCUCCUCCUCGCCCGGGGCCAUGCAAUGCCCCUUCCCACCCCCUCCAAGCCUCACCCCCGCCCCGCGGCUCCGCCGCUCUCCGCCUCCCCCGCCCCUUCCCCUCCCCGCAGCAGCUGCACCAGCUCCCCCGUGAGCCGAUACCUCUUCCCCUCCCACCAAAAGUGAGUCGGGGGCUGCUCCGGCCCCUGCUCGUACUC